GUGAGAAACAACCUUCUGAUCGUGACGCCCUUUCGGCACGAGAACACGGCAACAACAACACCAGGCGGAGAGCUGUUCGAUCGAAUCGUGGCGCGCGGGCGUUACACGGAAGGACAUGCCUCGCACCUCAUCUGCACGCUGGCUGCUGCCCUGGCCCAAUGCCACGAGAAGGGAAUAGUGCACAGGGAUGUGAAGCCCGAGAACAUAAUGUGCACCUCGAGGGACGAUGACACCAACAUCAAGCUCACGGAUUUUGGGCUGGCGCUGCUACACCCUGGGGCGUCGGUUACCGUGCACGACGACAACCUCGUCGGCACCCCGGGAUACGUCGCUCCCGAGGUGCUGUCCUCCCGUCUCUACGGUCCACCGUGCGACGUUUGGGCGUGCGGCGUGCUCCUGUAUAUCCUCCUCGCGGGAUACCCCCCGUUCUAUCCCUCCGGGGACGAGACGUUGUUCGAGGUCAUCAAGCAGGGAAAAUACUAUUUUCACCCUGACGCGUGGGACCUCAUCAGCGCAGAGGCGAAGGAUCUGGUGUACAGGAUGCUGACGGUAGACGUGGAAAAGCGGGCAACCAUGGCGGAAGUUGUCAAUCACCCGUGGCUCACCUCGGCGUGCGGUCAAGAGUACGACCACCUGCCAGACACCAUCCACCGCCUCAAGGCCUUCAACGCCAAGAGGACGUGGCGCGCGGUGGCGGCGGUGGUAAUGCUGGGGGCCAGGCUCGGCCUGAAGAAGCGCGCCCGCAGUGCGAGCGAGGACGAGCGAGAGGACAAGAACGGAUUUUCCGUUCUCGAGCUGGAAACCCUCAAGAAGGCGUUUCUCUCUUCCGCGGAAGGGGGGGUUCUGAGCAGGGCGCAGCUGGCCUCUGUUUUCUCGGACGUCGGCUUCGGCCCGGUGCCGUCCGACCGGAUGUUCGACCUCUUCGACACGGACGGCAACGGCACCGUGGACUACGGGGAAUUCCUCGCUGGGAUGGCAUCGUUCAAGAACACCGGCGACAAGGCGUUACGCUUCUGUUUCGACAUCUACGACCUCGAUGGAGGGGGUUCCAUUAACCUGCAGGAGCUCAAGUCUGUGCUUUCGUGCGUCAUGCGGCCUCAAGACAUGCAAGCCAUGUCCGGUGGUGAUGGUGGUGGGGUCGACGGGGGGGGCGAGGAUCACGACCGCAAGCUGAGUGAGCUGUUCAAGAGAUUGGAUAUGGAUGGAAACGGUACGAUCGAUUUCGAGGAGUUCAAAGCUGGCGCCAAGAGAGAGCCCUUCCUCGUGGAAGCGUUCCUAGCACCGGUGCAGCAGGGGUCGCUCGCCACAACCUCCGCGGCUGUGGGAAAAAGACAGAAACGUUCUGGCGGCCCGGCCGCUGCCGAGUCAUGCCAAGCGGCGGUUGCAAGAUCUGACGCAAAAAUCAACGCCGCCGGCAACUCCUCGCCGGACGCGAAACAGCCCAAAGCUGGUUCGCGUGAAACUGCUGCCGUUUCGGAAACGGUGGCCUCUGGUGAGGAGGAACGGUCGAUGAAGGCAGCAGCCGACCCGCGAGACGGUGGCGUGGACAAAGGCGGGGAUACGCUGAGCGGCAAACGGUGCCGGCUAGAGGGGUCGGACUACUGUGGAGGGGGCACGCGGUAGCGGAGAGGAAUCUACGUACAAUAGGUGGUGCCUGCACAAGGAGAAUGAGAGGGGUGCGAUGUUUCCGGAGUCACAUUCUUUCGGCUUGUUCAAGAGCGGUUAAUAACUAAUCCUUCCCGGGUAGAUGUCGGCUUGCCUGCCCGCGCGCGUGUCCGAUUGGUUUGCUCGUCGAUCGUUGAGGUUUGCCGUUUUCGGCUGGGACUCACAAACAGAGGGAAAACGUGUCAUUGUUGCCACAUGGUUCACUUGACAAGAGGGCAUUCCCGCCGAAUUUCGGCGUCUCCGUCUAGGAAUAAUUUGGAGGUCAUUGAAGUAUUGGUAUUUCCGUGUAAAUUCGGUUGCCGUUAUUCAUAAUUUACGCCUUGGGUGUUUAGGUAGAUUGGUUGUGUUUGUUCCAGUUUCCCCACUGUUUGGUGUCGUCUGUCCACUUCUGUUGAUCUUCCCUUUACCGCAUUUUAGGUGAAAGUCCCUGUUCCACAGGAUGAUUGUCGCUUCGAGUUUUUCUGAAGUGUCGCAUCUUUCCACUUGUCAAGAGAUUGUUGUUGUGAUGCGUAUGAUUGUGUUGAGAGUAAGCGAGAUAGUCAAAAUGAAUGUUUCUUGUCGAAGACCGAAUAAACUGUAGUUUAUUGUGCACGGAAGAAUUGGGAACAUCUCCCAGAUCUACGUAUAUCUUCGGGUUCUUGUGCCGCGCUGGAGAUGUGCUGGUUCGGAUUUCUUGGUUCGGAUUUGUGGGGUUUUACAAAGAAAAUGGUCUAGGCAUUCGCUGCCUCGCUGCUCCUGCAGCAAGAGUUUGAUGGACGCGAGUCCACGGGGCCCAAGGGCCACGUGUUGAGGAAUGCUCAGUGUAUAACACGUAGCCCACUUCGGAGGGUCACGCGGCAUAGGAUGGCAGCAGCAGGCGACAUCGAAGUUCGGACCAUAGCUAGCAAGCUUGUUUCAGGGGCAGAGGAGCGAGGGCAGGAUGGUGAUGGAGCACGCUUCGCUGGAGCGCCCAGCCGAGGAACUGCGUAGGGGAAUACUACUUCUCUGGUUGUGUUGAGGGUAAGCGAGAUAGUCAAAAGCUGCCUCUUGGAAGCACGUCGUUAACCCGUGAGAACGAAUCGUGAAGAGGUGAAGCGUUUGCUCUCAAGCGGAAUAUGACGACAAAGUGCGGGUCGUUCUGUUGUAUUUGGUAGAAGAAUAACGACGAUGUUGUAGCUCUUUCUCGAAUUUGCUCGGUACAUGUUUUGCCCGGGACGUUGCAACUGUAGGGGCUGUGCAUAGGUGGCGCAGAUGCUGACUCUCCUCAAGAAGGAGUGAGGCGAGGUCGACAAGUCGCGAAAGAGAGGAAGAGGUUCGGGGUGCUUGCGAAAUACUUGUCAUACGAGUACAGAGGGCGAUUUGCGCUCGAAAGUGUAACGGAAACACAGCUGCACCACGCAGACGUUAACUUUGUGAAUUUGGGCAUCCAAAGUCGACGGGACAUCGUUUCACGUUAAGGUAGACAUGGACACUACCAGCGGGUGCGUGGGCAAAACUCGCGAACACUUAAUCAAGCGUUCGGUGUUCCCGAUGCAACUCCUGGGCCCUCUUUUUCCCUUCGGUAGGUUGUUCGUAUAUUGGUACAUCAGCCACCGUUGUGGGAGGCAUCGUGCCACAGGGGAGAAGUUGGUGCCAUUUUUGAACUAUCUGUGGAUGAUUUGGGCAUCCCCGUGAAGCGGCGUUAAGGGUUCUUUCAGAGUGCAUUCAAUCGAGGCCGACCUUCUUCUCUGUUUGGCUUCUAUAGUGUGGAUAAUGAGCGUUGCAUGC